GUUUAUACUGUAGAUGCGCAUGUAGCGGCUCGCAUGGUUCUUCUGAAUGGAACAAUGUGACGGUCGGAAAGUGACAGCCUUAACCAGUCGGGGUUAAAGAUUAAGCCUGGUACGGGCCGUUACCGUACAUAAGGCAUGCACACCUGCGCCCACACAGGCUGCAGCACACAUUAUAACCGAGUGCAGGAUAUGAGACAACCGUUGUGUGGCGUUCAGCAGUGCCCUCUGUUCUGCUUCUGUUUGGAGUUCUCUCGUCUCCUCUGUGGACCUACGCGUUUUAGGAGAACCGUGGCCAGAGCGCUGGAGGAUAAGUACUUUUCCGCAGUACAGUAACUCUAUCCGUGCUGCAGAUCUUUAAAUACUCCUCAGAAAUAACCACGUGGUGUAAGGUGAGACCUUCCCAGCCCCGGACACCGACUGGCGCGAGCUAGUCUAAGAGGACUGUCAGAGUGCGUGCAGGACAGGACUGCGCUCUUGGAGGACUUUCUGAAAAUAACUUCAUUUACUUUUUAAGACCAACUUUUCAAUACCCUUUGGCUACCAGACGUUAUUGACCAGGUUAUGCUAUCAGAGAACAUUGACCAGAUAACAAUUUGUAUGUUUCUUUGUUUUUGCUAUCUUUUUGGAAAAUAUAUGUUUCAUUCUUCUAUCCAUCUGUCUACCUUGAGCACGCAGUGAAUGGAGAACAUACUCGAGCUUCUCCCGAAGCACCGGCAAGAGGGCACGCACGCCUGGGGGAGAGCGGCGACUCACACCUGCCUUUGCAGACGCAAGAGUAGCCUAGUUGCGCCCUUGAAUCGUUUUUUUAUUACCACAUAAUUUCGCGUUCGUGACCACACCUGAGUGCCACUCACCAGCAUUUUUUAAUGGGAUAAAUUAUGUUGUGAGAUUAGGUUAUUAAAAACCGAUCAAGGGAAAUCUAAACUCAAUUAAACGUCCCACACCUUUUGGCCAUAGCUUGCCUAUAUUUCUCAUUCAGUCUACUGUCCCCAAAAGCUUCCGCAUGGUACUUUGGUCGAAAGAGCAAGACAAACCGUCGGACACUGACAUGUCAUCGGGGGCGAUAGAGAUGAAGAAGGAGGUGGUGGCACCAGCGUACCUCCACUCCAACGGCUCCGUUCACCCAGCCAUCCUCACCGAGGACCCCGAAGAGAUGAGACCUGAGGAGAGGGGCGAGUACGAGCUCACGGAGGUGACAUCCGUCGCGGACAGGUCUGGUGAACCGGGAGAUGAGGACCGGGAGAUAGUGGUGAUAGACUGUAGGGCGAAUGCCAAGGGCCAGCGCGAGGAGGACGCUCUCCUGGAGAACGCCAGCCAGAGCAAUGAGAGUGACGACAUAAGCACUGACCAGAGCCCAGAGCCACCGGCGCCAUUGAAGGAGACCUCCUUCUCUAUUGGCCUCCAGGUGGUCUUACCGUUCCUGCUGGCCGGGUUCGGGACGGUGGCGGCGGGUAUGGUGCUGGACAUCGUUCAGCACUGGACGGUGUUUACGGAGGUGACAGAGGUCUUCAUCCUGGUCCCGGCGCUGCUGGGGUUAAAGGGCAACCUGGAGAUGACAUUGGCCUCCAGACUGUCAACAGCAGCCAAUGUUGGUCAGAUGGACUCAGCCAAGGACAUGUGGAAGAUGAUCGUUGGAAACCUCGCCCUCAUCCAGGUCCAGGCCACAGUAGUAGGGUUCCUGGCAUCCAUCGCAGCAGUGAUCUUUGGCUGGAUCCCAGAGGGGAACUUUAGACUGGGACAUGCUAUCCUGCUGUGUGCCUCCAGUGUGGCUACCGCAUUCAUCGCCUCUCUGAUACUAGGGAUCAUUAUGAUUGGUGUGAUCAUUGCAGCCAGGAAGGUGGGCAUCAACCCUGACAACGUGGCCACGCCCAUCGCUGCCAGUCUGGGAGACCUGAUCACCCUCUCUCUUCUGGCUGGCAUCAGCACAGGAUUGUACAAGGAGCUAGAGUUUAACGACUAUGCCAACCCGUUGGUGUGUGCUGUGUUUGUGGCGCUGACCCCUCUGUGGGUUCUGAUCGCUCGGAGGAUCCCGUCCACCAGAGAGGUGCUCUACUCAGGCUGGGAACCUGUCAUCAUCGCCAUGGCAAUCAGCAGUGUUGGGGGUCUGAUCCUAGAUAAGACUGUGUCCAACCCCAACUUUGCUGGUAUGGCUGUCUUCACUCCUGUUAUCAAUGGUGUGGGAGGUAACCUGGUUGCAGUGCAGGCCAGUAGAAUCUCCACCUAUCUGCACAUGAACGGUAUCCCAAUGGGAGAGCCUGACCCCAACCCCAGGAAAUGCCCCACUCCCUGCACCUCCUUCUUCGGCUCCAAUGUGAACUCUCGUUCGGCACGGGUGCUCUUCCUCCUGGUUGCUCCAGGUCACCUGGUCUUCCUCUACACUAUCAACUCCAUGCAGGGAGGACACACCACUCUAACAUCCACAUUCAUUGCCUUUUAUAUGGCAGCUGCUCUACUGCAGGUGUUGAUCCUGUUGUACCUGGCUGACUGGAUGGUCCACUGGAUGUGGAGUAGGGGGAUGAACCCUGAUAACUUCUCUAUUCCUUACCUAACGGCCCUGGGAGAUCUGCUGGGGACCGGCUUCCUGGCCCUCUGCUUCCAUGUGCUCUGGCUCAUUGGAGACAGAGACACCGACGUGGGAGACUGAACACACACACACACCUGGACAGCAUACAUACACGGCAUCAACGCCAGAACACCGGAAACAACCUGAACAACGGAACUGUACAGUAUCUCCCUCUAGACAUCUGAACCACAGAACAGCUGAAUGACUUUCAGACCCAGAUCUAAUCCCUGACCCUUUGACCCCCACCUCCCCCUCCCCUCCCUGGGUCUCAGACUACUCCACUCUUUCUUUAUUUGACUAAAUAAGAGAGUUCUACUACUAUUGUUUUUUAUUAUUAUUACUACAAUGAUUAUGAUUAUUAUUGGUAAUAGUGAAUUUGAUAUGAAUCGAUAUUUGUUAUAUCAUUGGGAAGAUUAAUCCUCAUUAUUUUCAAUGGGGACAUUCUCCCUUGGGCCAGUCACGUUGGCCGCAUUUGUAAAGAUGAGAUAUAUUUUAAAGACUUGAAAUGAAGACAGACAGCAAAAAAACUCACACAAGCCUAGAAUGCUUUAUCACCAAGUGCUAUAUAUAUAUAUAUAAAGAGAUUAAUUAAUGAUGAGAUAUGGGGCCGAUUCCGACCCGAGUUAAGCGCUAGUAAAUGGAAGGUCAUUUUCUCUGUAUGCGUAUUCUGACCUUGAAUUUAAGCAUGAGAAUAACGUGAUAUUCACCCGCUAUUCGUUCAGGGUGGAGAUCUAAGAAAUGAAGGUGUGUACACCGUAUUCUGACCUUGACCACCUUUACACGCGAGGAAACCAGGAGUAAGGUUGGGGGAACCUGCCGGUUCCAAGUGGAAAAAGCGUCUACUUUCUUUUUUCCGAUAGAAAUAACAGCUUUCUCCAUGCACUAUAAUUUAUAAAUUGAUAAAAACUAGAUAAAUGAGUAAUCCAUUUGGAGAAGGGGAUUGUAAAUACACACAGCAAUUGUUUUAGAUGAUUUUUCCUUAUGAUCCGUGGAGACGAAUAUGAAACCAGUUGUAUGGAAACAAACUGAAAAUCAUAUCAACAUGACACAGUGAAGUAGGCUAUAAAGGAAGUAGGCUAUAAAUAGAUGUGCUGUUAUUCCAGUUUCAUUGUGUGCCUCCAUAAUUUGCGUAGAUGAAAUUUGGAGAUCCAAGCUAAAGGCUUCUGUAGGGCUGAACCUGCCCACUUGAUAUAAGCGCUUUAAAAUGUUUUAAUUAUAUCCCCCGGCUUUUCUCCAUUUUAUUUUACAAUUUGUAUCAUGUUAAAUAUUAGCCACUAUCGGGAGCCACAGUCACAUACAUUUAGAACUGUCACUUUAGUGUUAGUUCUUCAGUUUGUACCCUUUGCAUCAUUCCAUUCUGUUGACCUUUCUCUCCUCUGUCACGUCUGUGUAGUUGUUCCUGAGGGUCUCUAGCAGUACUGGAUCAUAUUAGGUUAAUGCUGUCCAAUAAUUAGGGACACGUAGCCUAUUAGAAUCACUAUGGAACUCAAACCACACGUAGCAGUUUAAACCUGGAGCCUUGUUCACGAUGACUUGACCAUAGUCAUACAGUUCCAAUAUUUGUUAUUAAAUGUUUUAUUUAUUUUUAUGUUACCCCUUUUGCUCCCCAAUUUCGUGGUAUCCAAUUGAUAGUUACAGUCUUGUCCCAUUGCUGCGACUCCCGUACGGACUUACUCGUUCAAGGGAGAGGCGAAGGUCGAGAGAGGUGCGUCCUCCGAAACACAACCCAACCCUUGACACAAUGCCCGCUUAACCCGGAAUCCAGCCGCACCAAUGUGUCGGAGGAAACACCGUACACCUGGCGACCGUGUCAGCGUGCAUUGCGCCCUGCCCGCCACAGGAGUCGCUAGAGCGCGAUGGGACAAGAACAUCCCUGCCGGCCAAACCCUCCCCUAGCCCGGACGAAGCUGGGCCAAUUGUGCGCUGGCCCAUGGGUCUCCCAGUCACGGCCGGCUGCGACAGAGCCUGGACUCGACCCAGGAUCUCUAGUGGCACAGCUAGAAUUGCGAUGCACUGCCUUAGACCACUACGCCACUUGGGAGGCCACCUUCCAAUAUUUAAUGGAUGGUACUUGAUUCAGGAUAAAUCAAACUACUGUAUUUUUGAUUAAUCAAUAUAUUUAGUGUGUAAAGGCUCUCCAAACCAGUGUUUUUCUUAUGAUUCAAACAUACUUUCCUAACCCUAAAAUGUGCCCAAAUAAUCUACAUGAUCACAGUAUUUCUAAAUCUACCAGUUGGUGCUGAAAAGGAGACGAAUAUGCAUAUACAAUUCCGGUCAAACAUUUUAGAAGACCUACCUAGAAGACUUCCUCCUCCAUUUUUCAAGGGUUUUUCUUUAUUUUUACUAUUUUCUGCUUUGUAGAAUAAGAGUGAAGACAUCACAACUAGGAAAUAACACAUAUGGAAUCAUGUACUUACCAAAAAACUGUUAAACAAAACAUAUUUGAGAUUAGAGAUUCUUCAGUUGAGAUGGUUUGGGAUGAGUCGGACCGCAGAGUGAAGGAAAAGCAUCCAACAAGUGCUCAGCAUAUGUGGGAACUCCUUCAAGACUGUUGGAAAAGCAUUCCAGGUGAAGCUGGUUGAGAGAAUACCAAGAGUGUGCAAAGCUGUCAUCAAGGCAAAGGGUGGCUUUUUGAAGAAUCUCAAAUAUAAAAUAUAUUUAGAUUUGUUUAACACUUUUUUGGUUACUACAUGAUUCCAUAUGUGUUAUUUCAUAGUUUUGAUGUCUUCACUAUUAUUCUACAAUGAAGAAAAUAGUAAAAAAUAAAGAAAAACCCUUGGAUGAGUAAGUGUUCUAAAACUUUUGACAGGUAGUGUAUUUAGAUGGCUUUCUUUCGUUGAUCCCUUUAUUCUGAACCGAUGUAUUCUAAUGAGUCGGUUGACAAAAUUCAAAUUUCAAAUACACCGUAUUUAAGGGAUGUCUUAAGACAAAUGUACUGAAAACCGUAUUGAUUGAAAGCAACACAAGAAAAUCUGUUGGCCAGCUAGCGGUAGGGUUUUUAGCAGUUGAAUUAAAUGUAUUCAGCAUUCUCAAGGGAACCACGUCUGCAAAGCCCGUUUCGCACCUGCAUAAGGUAAGUCUGAAUACCAACUACUAAGAAGUGCGUAGGAAAGGCGCGCGUACAAAAGGCAUAUAUUUCCUAAGUCGGAAUCGGUCCCUAUGUGAAUUAUGUUUGAUGAAGGGGAGUGCACAUGACCAUCCCAAUUUGCCUUCCCUUUAGAGUAGUGAUUCAGUGGGGUCUGCUGCACAGGGACCAGAAUGUAUAGACCUGAAUCCACUUAGGUAACAACCUUCCAACCCAGUCAGUAGAUGUCUGAACACUAACCUGAACAGAAACAGGAAGUGUUAACAUCUCUGGGUAGAAGUUGCCCUUUAAGCACAGAUCUUGGAUCAGCUUACCUUUCCCAAAUCCUAACCUGAACCAUUGGGGAGAGAUGAAAACAUACCUGACCAUGUAUCAGCAGUGAGAUGAAACUUCAAACUAUUCUGUGGACAGAGGUCACUAACGUGGUGCCAGUUCGUAAGGUCAGGUGCCAGGAACCUCUAUACACAAUCAUGUUUCGCACUCAGUUGGAGGGUUGUUUCUUGAAUAAAAGUCAGCCCAGUUCUUGCCAACCCUGUCCUUAGUGGUCCCUAAGGCGGCAGCGCUCCACAACUAAGCGUCAACACUUCCUUGUUCUCCCCUAAAUCCCCCUAAAGGGCUAUGAUAGUGAAAUGUCUUAAAUUAGAUUGUUGUUUCUUCUUUGUCUACUUUUUUUGCACACAAACACUUAGCCCAAAUUUCUGUCUCUAUGUUUGUCCGGCCUGCCGAAGUUUCUGGCUGGAUGAUGGUUAUGCACACACAUAGCUGAAGGAAGUUGGGGUGCUGAGGGUGCUGCAGCACCCCCUGAUAAAUCUGAGAAAACUAAAAUAAUAUUACAUUUUUUUAAUGUGUAUUCGUUGCCUCCUCCCCCCGUCAACAAGCACCCCCACCCCAAAACAUCUUCCUGCGGCCAUGCGCACAUAGGGUUCACCGAGGUUAGAGUGGCCUUACUGGGAGGCCAGAGAGAGACCAGAAAGAGAGCAGAGAGGGUAGAGACAGCUCUUAUUGAGAAAGAGGCUAUUCUAGGUGAAAUCUGCUCUCCAAAUUGUAUGACAUUUUUUCCCACCGCAAGGAAUUAGGAGAAUCUGUAAAAAAGGUGGCUUUACUUGUUUGGUGUGUUCUGAUUGGAAGGCUUAACUGGGCUUCAAUGGUUAGUGAGGAAAGACAGGAUGUCAACUGAUGUGAGAUGAACGUUAUCAAAAAUUGCAGUUUGUUGAAGGAUGAUUUGUCAAGCCAAUAUUGCCACCAUUAUGGAUAUCAUGUAACAAAAUGUCAUGUCUCUCUCGAUCUCUCUGUUAGGGAUAUUGUGUAACAAAAUGUCAUGUCUCUCUCUCUUUAUCAUGGUACAAACACAACGUCACACACAAUGUGCAGCUGACCUACAAUAUCUGCCAGGAGACACCAAGCUUCAAAACGGUCUCUUAUCCAACCCUCAUCUACCUACUGUCAGUAUAGACACUAAUUCUCUAAGCAGCAGAGCCCAGCUUGAUGGUGAAAUGCAUGUGUUAUCAUCUGAUGUUUCCUUAUCUGGUGCUUGUUAGAUUUCUAUGUUUUUAAGGGGCCAGCAGAAUGCAUGUGCAGGGCACAUAAUAUGAAUAUGCAAAACGUGUGCGUUAUGAAUUAAGUUUCCUUCUCUUUAAAAUUAUAAUUUUUUCCUGCUUAGGUUUGUGACCCAUUUUACAAAGUGUAAGUUGAGUCUGUUAGAUUUUUCUUUAACUUCAUUAUUUUUCCUAAUCCUUCUGUCAUCUUGUGUGUUGGUCAUAGAGAAUGAUUAUGUCAUGUCUAUAAUUGAGACAGCCCCAGUGGAUUAUAGUGUCACUGUGUGGAAAGUACUGUAGUAUACACAUAGACACCAGAUGGAGAGAUUGUCAUAUGUGUGAAUAUGAGACAGUGCUGUUCGCCUCUGUGCUGAUCGCCUCUCUGUUCACCAUUCCCUUCAUCUAGAUUCUAGAACCCGUAUCCAAGAUUCUGAUCUAGAACCUGUGUUUUCUAGAUUCUAGAACUUGUAUCUUCUUUUUUCUAGAACCUGGGUAUUCUAGAUCCUUUAUCCUUGGUUGUAUGAUCUAUACCUUCUGAAUACUAGAAAAUGUAUCCACGAUUCUAUUCUAGAACCUUCCCUCUGGAUUCUAAAACCUGUAUUCUUGAUUAUAGAAUCUAUACCCUCUGGAUUCUAGAACCUGUAUCCAAGAUUCUAUUCUAGAACCUUUCCUCUGGAUUCUAAAACCUGUAUCCUUGAUUAUAGAAUCUAUACCCUCUGGAUUCUAGAACCUGUAUCCAAGAUUCUAUUCUAGAACCUUUCCUCUGGAUUCUAAAACCUGUAUCCUUGAUUAUAGAAUCUAUACCCUCUGGAUUCUAGAACCUGUAUCCAAGAUUCUAUUCUAGAAAGUCCUCUGGAUUCUUGAAGCAGAAGCCUGGAUGUUAGUGAACCUGUGGCAGCUUUCUGCCCCAGCACGGGUCAGAGGUUGUGAAUACUUCUUCAGGGGGGAAGGAAUGCUUUGUCUAUUUAUUUUUAGAUGCACACAAAGCAAAUUGUACAUACUAUAUUUAUUCUAUAAAUAAGGUGUUUAUUUUUCAUUUCAUUUUGUCUCAGUUCGCUGUUUUUGUAAUUGUUUAUCACAUUUUCUUUUCUUUUUUUGUUAAUUCUUUUUUCUUGCCUCGGGCCAGUAGAGCUUCAGCGCUAACCGCGGUAGAUUAGCGGCUAAGUUAACGAACAGAACAGCGUGGUGCCUAAUAUCUCAUGAACCUCACACACCUCACAACCCCUGCCCUCAGGCAGGGGCCCAAACAUAGGAGGCCUUAACCAAUCAAGAGCCAAGCUCAAGACAUAGUAACAAAUCAGGAGCCAGGCUCACCACAGAGUAGCAUCUCUUUAAUUAGCUUUGAGUAAUAACUGAUGUAUGUUGAUUUGAUGUUGUGAAUUGUGUUGAUUUGAUGAGUGAAUGAGCAGUCUAAGAGAGAGGCUGCAUGGCUGUAAAGGCUGCAGUGUUUGGGAAUCACUGGGGCCAGAAUCUUCUAUUUAGAACAUAAAUUAAUAGAUGGAUAUUGUAAAUAGAUGGCGCUGACUAGGGCAACUCUGGGUUGGGUUAGGAACAGACUCAGUGGUGGGACGACACCGAGGUUUAGAAAGUAUAAUGGACUGAUCAACCCCGCCCUUCCGCAUAACCCAUACCCAUGUGAUACAUUACACUGUAUCUUCAGAAAGGCAUAACACACACACACACACAUACCAUACAUACAUACUGAACAUGCAUACAGAUAUACACACACAAACACACUCAUACCCCCCCUCCUCUCUCUCUCUCUCUCUCUCUGUAACCCCAUGACUGUAGUGGGGUUCUCUCUCUGCAGGACUUUCUAAAUUGCUGGAAUUAAAGGACUAUAUCAUUUCGUACCACUCUUCAGUAAUCCUAUGGUCUUCUGUGAGUCCCUCUGUCUUUGUGUGUGUGUGUGUGUGUGUGUGUGUGUGUGUGUGUGUGUGUGUGUGUGUGUGUGUGUGUGUGUGUGUGUGUGUGUGUGUGUGUGUGUGUGUGUGUGUGUGUGUGUGUGUGUGUGUGUGUGUGUGUGUGUGUGUGUGAUGCCUUUCUGAAGAUAAAAUGUUAUGUAUGACAUGGGUUAUUGACACACACACACACACAGAUGUUUGGUGCUGUCAUCUGGUUCACAACCAAAGACACACAUACACUCUGAGUCCUGGUUCUCACCGUCUUAUCAGAGACAGAACUGUCUCAGUACAAUGUAUCAGCUCAACACUGAAUCUUGGAAGACACCUGUUUUUUUGAGUAAUUCAACCUCAGUAGAUAUGGAUUUGAACAGUGAAAGAAAUGACCUAGCCUAGUGCACAAUACACAUUUAAUGAUGUUUUAUUUAGGAAUGUAAUUCUACAAUAACUACAUUAAUUAUAUUACCUCUAGGUCCCUCGUGUGAAAAUGUGUUGUCUCCAUGAGAUAAAUAAUGAAUAAAGAGUGUAAACUAAUUACUGCACCUGA